UGCGUCACCCCUGGUUGCUGGGUUGUCAGUCUCCCAGACUCCCCAGCUUUCCAGGUAGGGACGCCCCCUCCCAUGCAGCGGGGUUCCGAGGGUGGGAAGGAUGGGCUGGGCUCCGAGCGCCCGCCCCUCCAUCUAUCACAUGGCCGGAGAGUCACAAAAACAACAGCUUUGGCCAAGACCGUGACUUCAGAAAAGGGAACCCAGCUCCCACAGCCAGCCCCCUCCCCAUGGAAGACAGUUUUCUUGAAUCCUUUGGGAGGCUGAGCCUCCAGCAGCAACAGCAGCAGCAACAGCCGUCUCGGCAGCUGCCCCCGCGGGGGACGCCUCCGCGGCACCACAGCUUUAAGAAACACCUCUACCUCCUGCGAGGCCUCCCGGGCUCGGGGAAAACCACACUGGCCAGAAAAUUGCAGCAUGACUUCCCCAGGGCCGUGAUUUUCAGCACGGAUGAUUUUUUCUUCAGGGAAGAUGGUGCCUAUGAGUUCAAUCCUGACUUCCUGGAGGAAGCUCAUGAAUGGAACCAGAAAAGAGCAAGAAAAGCAAUGAGGAAUGGCAUAUCCCCCAUUAUAAUUGAUAAUACCAACCUCCACGCCUGGGAAAUGAAGCCCUAUGCAGUCAUGGCACUUGAAAAUAACUAUGAAGUUAUAUUCCGAGAACCUGACACUCGCUGGAAAUUCAACGUUCAAGAGUUAGCCAGAAGAAACAUUCAUGGGGUCCCGAGGGAAAAAAUACACCGAAUGAAAGAACGGUAUGAACACAACGUGACCUUUCACAGUGUGCUGCACGCGGAAAAACCAAGGCGGAUGAACAGAGCCCAGGACGCGAGCAGCGCCUUGCCUUCCAACAGCUGCUGGAACUCCUACGCCCACUUCCCCGCCCGGAGGGCACCUGGCGCCUUCACCCACCCCACCUCCUUCAGCCGGAGGGGCCGCUGUCACCAUGGGUAUUAAAGGCCCGCCUGACAGCCAUCCAGAAAUUUCCUAAAUGAGUUUUUACUUCAAUUUUUGCUAUUUAUUCUGCGUUGCGUUGUAGUCAGAGCUCUGAUGCAGUGUAAAUAGUUGCG